GGUAGGGUUGAAAAGUUGGAGUUGUUUUGUCCGAGUUGGUUUGCUCUUUAGAUCAUAUCUGUGGAUGCUACACUUCCAUUUAUGCACGCCGUAUUUACAGUGACGAUGCUGAGGUAAUUUUUUCUUCUCUCUGCAGAAUGAUGCCAAAGGGAGAAUGGCGUAUUGUUAUCAGGUUAAAUUUCACCCGUUUUGGGCAUCCCUUCCCAAACGCUAAGGCUGGGCUAAAGCUAACAAAACGAUGCCGUCAGAUAUCUGUGUGAGCUAGCCUCUGCUAUGUCUAUCCUCUACAAUACCCACGUUGAAGUGACCAUGAAGAAGAGGAUCUUUUCAUAGAAAUGGAGGAUGAUGUAAAAAAAGUGAAAAAGCCUGGUAUCGUGUCUCCGUUCAAGCGUGUUUUCCUGAAAGGAGAGAAGGGGAGGGAUAAGAAGGCUCAGGAGAAGGCCACUGAGCGCAGGGCCCUCCACACCUUCUCCCUCUCCCAGCCCGACCACCGCAUCGAUCCCGACAUCCUGCUUAAUGACUACAUAGAGAAGGAGGUCAAAUACCUGGGGCAACUGACAUCGGUACCAGGAUACUUAAACCCGUCCAGUCGGACAGAGGUGCUGCAGCUAAUUGACAAUGCAAGGAAGUCACAUCAGCUGGCUGGCCAGCUGACGUCAGAGCAAGAUGCAGUGGUUAGCCUCUCGGCCUAUAACAUCAAGCUAGUUUGGCGUGACGGAGAGGACAUCAUUCUGAGGGUGCCCAUCCAUGACAUUGCUGCCGUCUCCUACAUAAGGGACGACUCCCUGCACCUAGUGGUGCUCAAAACAGCCCAGGAGUCAGGUGGCUCUCCCUGCCCCAGCUCAUGCCCUGAUCUCAACAAGUCCCAGACCCUCAGUUCUUUGUCAGAGAGUGGUGCUGUUUUUGUGGAAGUCUGCUGCCUACUUGUGCUGGCUGUUGAAAACAAGGUAGCUGCAGAGGAGCUUUGCCUGCUGCUCAGCCAGGUGUUCCAGAUUGUUUACACAGAGUCCACCAUCGAUUUCUUGGACCGAGCCAUUAUUGAUGGAGCCACUACGCCCACCAGGCACCUGUCAUUAUACAGUGAUGAUUCCUCAAAUAAAGUGGACGUCAAGGAGGGCUUUGAAGCAGAAGCCGGCACAUUUUCGUUCCAGGGCUCCCUGGAGGCAGGGGGCAACUCUCCAUCAGCCUCCACCCCUGCAUCCCCUCAGACCAAGACUGCCAGUGAGGGAGAGCUCAGCACCACAGCCACAGAACUGCUACAGGACUACAUGACCACGUUGCGGACCAAGCUCUCAUCCCAGGAGAUUCAGCAGUUUGCCACUCUGCUCCAUGAAUACCGCAAUGGUGCCUCAAUCCAUGAAUUCUGCAUCAAUCUGCGACAACUCUACGGUGACAGCAGGAAGUUCCUCCUACUGGGCCUGCGUCCCUUCAUUCCAGAGAAGGAUAGCCAGCACUUUGAGAAUUUCCUGGAGACCAUCGGUGUCAAGGAUGGCCGAGGCAUAAUCACAGACAGCUUCGGCCGUUACCGGCGCACGGCCAGCUCUGCCUCCGACUCCACCACCAACGGCAACGGGGCUGCAGGAGGAAGUGGCGACAGUGGGGGGUCAGAUGAGGGCCAGGAGGCCUCAGAGGGCGACGAAUGGGACCGCAUGAUCACAGACAUUAGCAAUGACAUCGAAGCCCUGGGCUGCAGUAUGGACCAGGAGGGGGUCACACCCUGACAAAGCAGACAAAGGGAGAUGUCACUAAAAAGGGCAAAGGGCGUGAGAUGACUGUCAAUCAUCAGUAUAUUGUUGUGGGUAUAGAGCAGGUGGUCUCUGGCACCUUUCUUUGAAUGGUUUUGCCUUUUUUAAUGUUUUUCCCUUUAUCCUUUUAAGAGCAGCGUCCAUAGUCAAAGACUUCUUCACCCCACUGCCAGGUGAAGAUAAAGUCAACCGAUGCUCUUACUCAAAAGCCUCUAGAGGACUUGCAAUCAGUUUGGGCUGUUGUGUGUGUGGAAUUGCUGCAUUUCAUUGCCUCCUAAUAUUUUAUUUUUUAAGUUUCAGUGGUUUUUUUAUUCAUUUAUUGGCAGUAUCUGCCACUGCUGUCAACAAUGUAGCAAAUCACUCCAGAAUCUUAGAGGCUGUUGAAGAGUCAGUCCAUGAGUACUCUCGAAGACUGGAGUAUGAAGGAAUCCCUUUCACCAAAGGACUAUGUACAUGAUGUGGAAUAUUAAGACUGUACUGUUAUAUACUUUUGUAUUACUAUAGGUCAAUAAACUUCAUCAAUCUGGAGGAACAUGCAAGUUUUUUUAUUUACUUCACAUUUGUUUAUAUGUUGCUGUGACUUUGUAACUUUUGUCAAUAGGCUUUUCUUCCACCAUAUGUUUUGUGUACCGUUUUGUUUUACACUACCACUUAUCAGUUUUUUUAGCUUUAAUAUAAUUUUGCCUCAUUAAAAGUGACCAAGGAAAUGCUGUUAAUUCUCAUUCAGUUUGUGCAGGCGAGUGAGGACGGCAUUUGACAAAGCCAGUUAGUUAAUGGCUGAUGAAAAAUUUUGAUCUUUGGUGAUUCUUUUUUCAUGCAGGUCAUUGUGUUAUGGUGUUACUGUAGAUUCCCCAUUUAUCUGUAUAUGUGCCUUUACACUGCAGUACUGCUGCCAAAGUGUCUAUGCAGACACAAACAUGCAAUUGUGAACCGUAACUGACUACAGCUCAUGAACAAAUCAUGGUUUAAUAAAUAAAAGUUCCCUCAU